AUGUCUAGCAGUAGAGAUAAUACUGAAAGUCGAGAUGAAAUUCCACUACCUUUUAUGCGUCGACCGAUGCCAUUAUUAAACAUGCGUUUUAACACAGAUAACAAUGGCGAUUCUCCAAGAAAUACUCCCACUCUUAGAGAAAUUAAAUCAAUAGUCUCAAAAAUCACUAACAAUGUGGAUGUACAAACAGACACAUUAACUAGAUUUUCAAAUUUUUUGGCAAAUCCUGAUAUAUCUUUGAUUGAAGGAUGGAAUUACAAUUUAAUUAUUCGUAAACUUGCUACAAUAUUGACUAGAAGAACUCCGCCUCCCCAACUAUCAGACUUGUCAGCCUAUGGCACAGAAAUUGAUAUUGCGACUUUACAAGCAAUACUUGGAAUAGCAGAUCCUGAUAAUUCUCACAUAAAAAGAAUAACAAUAGCAUGUAAAUGUAUGUGCAAUUUGACAAUUCUCUUGGAUAAUAAUGCUGAACAAUAUAUCGGUAAUGCAGUGAGAGAAGUUGCCAUUCCAAAUUUAUGUCAAUUAAUCAAAGAGCCUUUAUCAAAUGAUUUGGAUUAUCUAAAUGAUAUCAUAGCGGCUUUAAUACAAUUUUCUAUACCAAAUAGAGUUGAUUGUAUUGAAUUGAUUUUACAAACAGAUAUCAUUCGACAUUUAAUGGAAAAUAUAUUUGAAUUUAUGUCUGACAAUGAUCGAGCAUUACCAAUUUGGCUAAUGGCAAAUUGUUGCAGAAACUCUAUAAACCUUCCCAAGGAUAGUAUUGAUAUACUGAGAGAUUUGACCAUAAAUAACGAUGGAUUCGUGGCAAUUUUUUCAAAUAAUGAAAAGGAUAUCGUUUUACAUCAGGCUAGUAUCUGUAUCACCUAUAUGGUUAUUUAUGAUCUUGAGGAAAAUUUACCUAAAAUUUCUUUGCUUUUUUCACAAGAACAUAUAAUUAAGCCAUAUAUAAGUAGCUUCGGGAUUAUGAGUAAGGAAGAUCAAUUAAUAGGGUUUUAUUUAUUGACAAAUAUAGCAACUAAAUUGCCUGAAACUAUGAAAGAAAUUUUUGACAAUGAGAUUUCAAAGGCCAUAUUUAUUUCAAUAAUUAAUAAAGAUGUUAAUGAAAUCAUUGGCGGAGAUGGAGAUCAAUUGUCAUUAAGUGUGAUGAUUGAAAAAAUUGUAAAAUAUAUUGGAGAAAAUUUUUGUUAUUAUAAUCAUGUUGAUAAUUUUUAUUCAACAAUCAUUGGAUUGCUGUUGAAUUUAUUUCCCGAAAAAAUCUCCAACCCAUUUGGUUUUAAUAUGGUUGGAAUAAUAGAUACAACAUAUUAUUUAGAACUUCAAACACUAACUCCCGAAAAUUCUACGAAAUCAAAGACGACUGCUAAAGAUGUAGUUGAAGAGAAGAAUAUAUUUGAUGUUGAGCCGUCGCCAUUGAUAACUAUGGAAAUUGACCCUCCAACUGCAUCAUCUUAUGUUGAGGAUACAGCUAGUAUUCUUGAUACAUGUAGUGCAACUACCAUGGAUCUAGUAACUGAAGCUCAAAAAUUAUUUGCCGCGUUAAUAUUACCCAUACUAUUAAGGUGCUUUGUCAACACAUCAGACAUACAAUUACGAAUUCGACUUUCCAUAUUGAUUUAUUCUUUUGUAAAAUAUACAAAACCUGAUAUAUUGAUUGAAGUGUUGUUGAAAUCUGAUUUUUCUACAAAAUUGUCAUUGAUGUGUUCCAAAGAAGACCCGAUACAAUCAAAUUCUGAAAUACCUAUUAUGGAUAACAUUGAAGAUUGUGUUAAAGAUUGGAAACCUAAAGAUUUUAAAAAUUAUUUUAAAUUUACAGAGAAAGAAGGCCUUCUUACAAAAGAUAUGUCAAAAUCAGUGAAAAUUCAACGAUUACUUGUAUAUCACAAAUAUUAUAAAAAAGAGGAAAAUUUCAGUGAACGUGAUAUUACCAAAAAAAUGUUGGAAAACUAUGACCUAGAAAAAAGAAAAACAUCAAAAAAAUUUACUAGUAAAAAUAAUUUUAUUCGAGAGAUUGGAUUUAGGAUAUUUCAUCAUUGCAUGGAGUUUUUUUCAGAUGAUUACCCAGAUCUAUCUACUGCCUUUGAAGAAGGGUUUACUUUUCAAGAAGUAGAAUUCACUGCACAUUAA